AUGGAGGAGUUGCAGGCUAAAGGAAUCAAUAAUUUGAGUCAUGAAGAAUUGUGUGAAUUUUUUAUGCUCGAAGAUGAGCAGAUUGAUGAGCAGCUUGUGAAGCCUAUAAUGAUGUAUCACGAGCGAUAUUUUCGUCGGCAACCCAUGCGUCGAGAAAGUGGCUUAGGAUGGUUGAACAUUCAAAGCCAUAUAGAACGUGAUGAUGCAUCUUGCUUACAUGCUGUGAGGAUGCGAAGAGAUGCAUUCCAAAGGUUAUGUCAUGUCAUGGAAAUUCAAUAUGGUUUAACAGCAUCUGAUAAUAUUAGCAUUCAAGAAAGUGUAGGGAUGUUUCUAUCAACUUGUGGGCAUAACGAGGUUCAACGGACCGUAGCAAGGAAUUUCGGUCGUAACCAAGAGACAGUAAAUCGAAAGUUUCAUCAGGUAUUGAAUGCGAUGGAGCGACUUGCAUGUGACGAAUUAAAAACACCAUCGUCUCAACAACUUAGAGAAUAUCCCCGAAGUUUACGAAUUGAUCGUCGUUACUGGGCAUUUUUCCAAGGAUUCAUUGGGGCAAUGGAUGGGACACAUGUUCCUGUACUACCACCAACAGAAGACCGUCGUAUUUUUUGGGACCGUUUUGGUGAGACAAGCCUUAACAUAUUGGCUAUAUGCAGUGCCGAAUUCGAGGGCCAAUACAUUUGUGUCAUAGGGAUGUGCGGCGGGCCGGGCCUGGCUAUAUGUGAUUUAGAUAUGCUUUUCACAUACAUAUGGAACGGUGCGCCAGGUUCAGUGCAUGAUGCUAGAGUAUUAGCGAUUGCGCAACAAAACAGUCAAAGGUUUCCUACGCCUCCUCGAGGAAAAUAUUAUCUUGUUGACUCGGGAUAUGCUAAUAAAAAAGGUUACUUGGCACCAUAUAGGGGAAAUCGAAGAGAAGAGGUGAGGUACCAUUUAGAACAAUUUCAAAGUGGUCCACCCCCAAGAAAUAAGGAAGAAUUGUUCAACAGAUGGCAUGCUUCUCUACGUUCAGUAAUCGAACGGACGUUUGGAAUUUGGAAAAAAAAGUGGCGGAUUGUGAAAGAACUACCGAGGUAUGAUCUUGAAACACAAAAGCGACUUGUGUUUGUUACAAUGGGUCUUCAUAAUUUCAUUCGACGUUCAAAUAUUUUGGAUGAUGAUUUUAUUGAUGAAGUAAGUGAAACUGGAGAUCCAAAUGGACAGCACGGAACUGACGAAAAUGAUAUCAGUGAGAUUGAAGAGGCUGAAUCAACAACAGAUGGAGCAUAUAUGGCAGCAAUUCGUAAUCAAAUUGCUGAUAUGUUAUGGGCUGAUCAAAGAUAA